AUGUCUGCUCGUAAGAGAAAGCAGGACGAGGUAGAGGAGGAGCUCGUCUCCCUUCCUGAAGAGGAUGACGGUGAGGAGGAAGACGAGUACGUCUCCACAGGAGAUGAAGAAGAAGAUGACGACGCUGAGGAGGAGGAGGAGGAGGAGGAGGAUGACGACGAUAAUGGGGAAGAAGAAGUAGAAGUAGAAGAAGAGGCUGCGGACGAAGAAGGUGAUGCUGAAGGAGAAGGGGACGGGGAAGACGAAGAAGCAGCAGAUGGUCAAGACGGCGAUGAGGCCGAAAGCCCCAGCGAAGCGGAAGAAAACGGCGUGCAAGAUGACCAACCGGCCGCCAAGAAGCGCAAAACUGCCGAGGGAUCCGCCAAGGAAGUGACCAAUGGCAAGACAACCAAUGGUGAUAGAUCCGAAGCCAAAGCCAAACCUGCUGCUCCGGCCAAGGAGGUUGUGAAAGCAGCCGAAGCUCCCGCAGCUGCUGCGGAACCAGAGACUGCGACGGCUGGAGACGGCGAUGAAGCAGCAGAAGGAGAAUGA